UGUCAGUCAUAUGACGUUAGUGUUUCUGCAGGUGCUUGACGCGGUGGUGUAUUGCGUAAUAAGAGCAGAAAAUACACUUAAAGAUGGCGUCAGCUACAGCUACCUAUGGACAGAAGGAGUCCUCAGACCAGAACUUUGACUACAUGUUCAAGAUCCUCAUCAUUGGAAACAGCAGCGUGGGCAAGACCAGCUUCCUGUUCCGCUACGCAGACGACUCUUUUACGCCAGCCUUCGUCAGCACGGUGGGCAUUGACUUCAAGGUGAAGACCAUCUACAGGAACGACAAGAGGAUCAAGUUACAGAUCUGGGAUACGGCAGGGCAGGAGAGGUACAGGACUAUCACCACGGCUUACUACCGCGGUGCCAUGGGCUUCAUCCUCAUGUAUGACAUCACCAAUGAGGAGUCCUUUAAUGCUGUGCAGGACUGGUCGACCCAGAUUAAGACGUACUCGUGGGACAACGCCCAGGUCCUGCUAGUAGGCAACAAGUGUGACAUGGAGGACGAGAGGGUGGUGGCAGGAGACAGGGGCAGGCAGCUUUCUGAACACAUGGGGUUCGAGUUCUUUGAGGCCAGUGCCAAAGAUAACAUCAAUGUGAAACAGACGUUUGAGCGGUUGGUGGACAUAAUCUGCGAAAAGAUGUCUGAGAGCUUGGAUGCCGCUGACCCGGCAGUUACAGGGGCUAAACAGGGGCCCCAGCUCACCGAGCAGCCUGCACCCCCCCACCAGGACUGUGCAUGCUAAAGCUGAGCGACCCACCCACACACACCAUCAACUCAUCCUCAGGCCCCCCCCCCCCCCCCCUUUCCCCACAAAUCAAUGAAUCACUCCAUAUGGGGGAAUAGGUGAUGUUCACUCUGUUUCUCACAUGAUUCUCUUCCUUUACUCGGGUCCUCACUGGUCUUAAAUUCUCUAUCCAGAGUCUGCCCCAAAUCUUCAUCAUUGUUUACCUUAUUUUCUCAGACUAGUGGUUUUCUGAUAAAAGCCUUUGUUAGAGACGGAUGGAAUUCCAUAUUAAAGUAUGUGUUGUUAUAAAGAGGUCAAUACUUUGGAAACAGAGAUAUUGAAGCCAAGUGCAUAUAUACUGUCUAAGUCCCCUGUCUGUGUGAAAUACAAGAAAACAUAUAUUGGAUUGCAUCAGUCACUGGUAUAACAUCAUUUCCUGUCUAAAAUUUUUGUCCAAUCAGCCUUUUUUAAAUAUUUUUUUAAAAUGUACCUUAUGUUUUGUAUACUGGUACCGCUUUCCUUUGUAAAGCUUUUCGCGUAUAAGAAAACAGUAAGGAAAAUACAAACAAAUUAUAGAUAAAUUAUAGAUAAAAAGGUAAAUAGGUAAAAAGAAACAGAGACAUUCUUUAUACAGUACCAGUCAAAAGUUUAGACACUCCUACUCAUUCCAGGGUUUUUCUUUAUUUUUUACUAUUUUCUACAUUGUAGAAUAAUAGUGAAGACAUCAAAACUAUGAAAUAACAACUAUGGAAUCAUGUAGUAACCAAAAAAGUGUUAAACAAAUCCAAAUAUAUUUUAUAUUUGAGAUUCUUAAAAGUAGCCACCUUUUACCUUGAUGACAGCUUUGCACACUCUUGGCAUUUUAGACUGGUACUGUAUAUGUUUGGUUUAAAUGUGUAUGUAAAUAAUGUGCAUAAUAUAACAUCUAAGGGAUCCAUUAGAAAAAUUUUUUUUUUUUUUUUUUAAAGCAUAAAGAGACGAUCUAUGAAGAUAUGAGAGGUCAAUGCUGUAGAUUUUCUCUGAAUCAAUUUAUUUAUGGUUUAAUUAAUCUCAUUGUCAUCCCCCUAUGCCCAUUUACACAAAACAUCUUCACUCCUACUACCGCUCUCAGGUACUUGCAAAUACACUCACUAAGAGCUGUUAAGAUUAAUGCUAGUUUGCAUGGAAAGAGGCUGAAGCCACGGAACCAGAGCAUAGCUGAAGUAUAUCAGCAUCGCUCACCUUUUACAUCCAUUUCAAUUAUCUUAUUUUGUAUUUUUGUGAGAAAUAAUGAAUUACAAUGUGCAUGUUAUAUCAGAGGCAAUACUUGGCUCCUUAUGACUUGAAAUAGGAUACAAGAGACUGCACAAGUGAGGUUAAAUAAUAUAGAAAUCAUACUGUGUCCUGUACAACAACAGGUUAAAAAAAUAUGUUUUGCUUAGUUUUGGCAACGGCUGUUUUUGUCCCACAGCUUGUAAGUACUUAAAGGUAGAUACAUAGGAUAAAGUAAUCCCUCUCACCCCCCCCCUUAAAAGAUUUAGAUGCACUACUGUUCCACUGGAUGUCAUAAGGUGAAUGCACCAAUUUGUAAGUCGCUCUGGAUAAGAGCGUCUGCUAAAUGACUUAAAUGUAAAUGUAAUAUGACGUAGGUGCACAAGUAAACCAGGGCCAAUAUCCACAAUAACUAAGAGCAUUAACGAGCGAUGGUAAACUUCUGCUGUUUUGAUCCCGUACCUACCAUGCGCAAACAGCUUGACCCGAACCCAUGCGCAGAUACUGUGUGGGGGGGGGGGAGUCUUGCAUCUCACUCAUCGCAAUAUCUGCGAUGCUGCUCGUGGCAAUGUCAUUUUGCUGAGUCUACCUUUAAUGCACACAAGCGUAGGCUUAUGCAACAAAGAGUUUAUGGGUUUGUAGUGUGUGUGUGAUUGGAACAAUUUGCAGUAAAAUAUGUGUAAAAUUAAACACUAACCCUUGAGACUGUUUGAGCGCAGUUUAGUCAACCGUUUAAUUUAGGAAAGAAAAACCUGAAUGGCCUUUUGCCUCUUGUCUUUGAAUUGAUAUUCAGUCCAAGGUCUCAAUCCAGGCAAGUUUCCAUUGAAAUUAGAGAAUAUAUUAUUACUCAUUGUAAGCGAUCGAAACCACCCUUAAGACCUUUGUGAUGUUUACGAGUAAACUUUUCUAUGUUGUUGUCUUUACUGGCUGUCUUUACUAGAGUGAAUGAGUGUGAAAUAAUCAUACAAAUAGAUCAGUCAUUCAAGCAUCCUCAAUUGAUGAAACUGUCCAAUGUUUACUUCACUGAGUCAUACCAAAGUUUUGAUGUGAGACAAUGACAAUGUGUAACAAUAAUAUUAGAAUAAUACUACUGUAGUUACAAUAACAACAAUAUUUGAUCAUCUUGCAUACAUUUUCAACAUAGUUUUGCUCUACUAUAUUAUGGUUGUGAGUCUGCCAUCUCAGUAGUAUCCAGAGAAACCCCCACCCCCCUCUGUAAACUGUCCUCCUCCUCGCCGAUGCCGUCUUCAUUUCUAUGAAACCAACUGUAAAUGCAUUUUAGUCAUAUGUUUCAUGCGUGGAUUGUGUGUUGUAUUGACUCCAGGCUUGCAAAAAAAAAAGACCAAAUCUGAAACUCGUAUUUUAUCUGCAUUAGUUCUAGGCCUGCUUGUGAAUGAAUGUGUCACUUUCUUUAAUAAAAAGCAAUAUGCAGUACCACUGAACAGCACUUCAAACAGUAGAGCUUGCUGACAGUAGAUCUACUAUAUAAAGUGUGUCGGGUACACCCCCCACACACACACAAGGGUGUCGGGUAAGUUUUACCUUGCUGCUAUUCCUAGGUAGUAUAGAACUGAAUCUGGAAAGAUGUAAAAAGAGGGAAUAACCAUGUUCAGCUGAUUUGUUAGGUUACAUAAAGCCAAGCUGUUACUGUCAAAAACAUUUUUUACACAAAUAUACUAGUGGUUUUAAAACCUCUUGUAAAAUUAGUGGAUUUAUAGUGAGAGAUGUUGUUAGGAUCUUGGAUGUCACCAAAGCUUGUGAGAAAAAGAAACAUUUGACAUGAGUGUAAAUUUAGAAGAGUACAAUAACAGUAUUUCAGAUGAUGUUUUUAUUCCAUUGCUUUGCUACGAAGGCAACCUUCAAGGCAUCCAAUAAGGUUUGCGCUGUCAGGAAGGUAUUGCAAUUUUUCAAAAGAUCCAAAGUGUUGCUUGUUUUUGGAAUUUAUUUCAUAGUUUUUUCGUGUUUUUAUUUUUAUUGUGCAUCCACUGAAUACUGUUCUGCAAAGUACUGUUGACUUUGUUUACAUAGAUUUGUACUUUGUACUUCUAUUGUGGGAAUACAACAACUAAUGUUAUAACAAUAAGGGAAUAUGGUGUCAAAAUGUUAAAAUGUGAACAUUACCAAAUCUGCUGUACAUGUUGUGGAAUUCAAUGACAAAAAUAAAAGUUUGGCCUGUUGC